AAAAAACGGGUAGGAGUCGAAAAAAUCCUCGUCGUCUCGCGGUCUCGCCUAAUCCAUUUACCUCAUCCCGCGUCCACCAUCAGCAGCUUCCAGUCAACCGCGUAUUCCAGUGGACCGAAGAAGGAGAAUCAGACAAGAAACUCUGGAUUUCUCCCUCUCAUAUCGAAGAAACCCUAGGCUUUUUCUCCUGUGAUGGAGUAUAUGCUCUCCAAUGUUCUCUUUCGGUAACAAGAAGGGCCACCGCCGGCGAGAGGGGAAGACGGCGGAGGCGCGGAAGCCGAGGUUGGAGAGGCGGAACGCUGUGAAGAAUAUCGAUUACGAUGUUUCGUGGACGUCGGCGUCGUCGGACGAGUCGACGUCGCUGAACACUUCGCGGUCGCUCGAUUUCUCUCCGGGGGAUUACUCGAGUCAGAGUAGCUUCCGCAUCGGAGGAAGCAUAGAAGGAGAGGUCGAGCAUCUUUACCGUAGCCUUGGAUUAUCUGGACCCGAGGACUUCGGCAUACCCAUUGCGGCGUAUGAGGCGUCUCUCAAGUUUCGAUCGUCGUCCGAUGUUCUUCCUCGUUCCCGAUUACUUGAUUCUGAGGAUAUUACUGUUACCUCCGAUCUUCCGGAGGAGGGUAGGGCCGAGGCGGUAGUGGGUGGUGAGGGAGUUGGAGUUAGACCACCCGCAGCAGAAACAGCACUGGUCCUUGAGGAAAUUAGGGUUGAAGACGAGAAAUCGGGGGAGGUAUUGAAAUCGUCCGUUCGAAUAAAUGGCGACGGGAAUGAAGGACUUAUCGGUGAUCUCUCGCAUGUCCUUACAGCUCCUAGUCCUUCAGUAUCAGUUCUUGCUCCUUCGCCAGCUCGGUCCGUCCUUGCGUCCACGAUUGCCGUGUCACUUCCUGUGGCGUCGGUGAUUAGCGAGGACAUUGAUUUUAGACCCGCGGCCGACUUAGCUGCGCUCCGUGAAGUAACGAGGGUUAGAAAUGAGGAAGCAGCGGGUAUCCAGCGGUUGUCUGCAGGCAGGAGUGGUCGCGUCGAUGUAGGAAUUAAGGGUAACCGACCGCCGGUUCUCACACCUCCGCCUCCAGCCUCGGUUCUUCCCCCUCCACCUGUAAGGUCAAUUCUGUCCCCGCCGCCUUCGAUUGCACUUCCUAUUCACGACUUAGCAAGUUCGACUUGGGAUAUAGUGAGGUCAUUCGCUCCGGCCGAUGAGAGCGAGGUGGGAGAUAGGAGGAGAUCCUUUGACUCGGAUGAGCAGGAAGAUGAUGAUGAUGAUGAUGAUGUAAGUGUUGGAAGUGGAGGAGCUGGUGAAGGUUUGGAGAGAGCUGCGAUGGAAGGAGAAACGUCAGACGGUGCUGGGUCCUUCACGACGUCUAUUGACGAUGAUUCGUCCAGCUCUACCACCGAAUUCGUAAUCUCACCAAAUGGGCGUUUCAAGAAAAAAAUCAGAUCUUGGAUGCGCGGACAUCGUCUGGGGAGUGGUUCCUUUGGAACAGUAUAUGAAGGGAUCAGCGAUGAUGGUACAUUUAUUGCUGUUAAAGAGGUGUCUUUGCUCGAUACAGGAAACAAUGCUCAGCAAUGCAUUCUUCAACUUGAACAAGAAAUUGCACUUUUGAGCCAGUUUGAGCAUGAAAACAUUGUCCAGUAUUAUGGAACUGAUAAGGAAGAAUCAAAGCUUUUCAUCUUCCUUGAACUUGUAACACAAGGCUCAAUAGCUUCUCUUUAUCAAAAGUAUCAUUUGCGCGAUACACAAGUUUCAUCAUAUACAAGACAAAUCCUCAAUGGUUUGAAUUACCUUCAUGAGCGCGACGUGGUGCACAGAGAUAUCAAAUGUGCAAAUAUAUUGGUUCAUGCUAAUGGUUCUGUCAAACUUGCAGAUUUUGGAUUAGCGAAGGAGAUUUCCAAAUUUAAUGAUCUGAAAUCUUGCAAAGGAAGUGUGUACUGGAUGGCCCCAGAGGUUGUCCAUCCUAAGAAGACAUAUGGGCGUGCAGCUGAUAUAUGGAGCCUGGGCUGCACUGUACUUGAGAUGUUGACUCGUCAGAUUCCUUAUCCGAAUGUCGAGUGGCAACAUGCUUUCUUCAGAAUUGGCCGUGGCGAUCAACCCAAUGUACCCAGUUACCUAUCAAGCGACGCCCAGGAUUUUAUCAGAAGAUGCGUUCAGGUGGAUCCAAAUGCUAGACCCACUGCUGCUCAGCUAUUAGAACACCCUUUUGUCACGAGGAGACCUCUUGAAACAUAUUAAUUAUUGUCUCAUUGACAUGAGUGCUCGUAGCCGUGAGAGCCUUGGGAUUUAACAUUCCAGUAGACGCAGAGCUUGGUUUGCAGCCUUUUUUCCCCUGCACGAGCAGCAGAAUCUGUGCUAUAUAUACUUAUUGAUGCCAAUUAUCGCUACUUUUGUAGCUGAAGCUGAACGCAAUGAGGUAGGAUUGGCAUCAAAAUGAUUGUAUUCAGAUUCAUGAGUGUAUAUUGUAAUAAUUUAUGUGUUUGUCUUUCUCUAUUUAUUUCUACGCAAAUGUAGGGGUGUUCAUAAUCUUAUUUCUGUAUGUCUAAAUCACUAAUAUUGAUGGGCAAUGCUCAUUCUGGUGCUUGAAAUAGAAAAAAAAUUGCAUUUGAAAA